GCCACAAUGGGUAGUACUGGUAUUCAAAGCUUGCAUCCAGAAGAGCAUGUUUUCAGAAGUCGAUAUCCACCAGUUCAAAUUCCCAGCGACCUGACUCUGCCAGAUUUUGUGCUCCAGAAUGCGGAGUUGUACUCAGAAAAGGUGGCAUUUGUGGAUGCAGCCACCGGAAAAGGAUACACUUAUGCUGAAGUUGCAAGAGACAUCAGGAGGUUUGCCAAGGCCUUACGGUCAAUUGGCUUGAGGAAAGGAUGCGUCGUGGUGGUAGUGCUGCCAAAUAUCAUAGAAUAUGCCAUUAUUGCUUUAGGGAUCAUGUCCGCUGGAGGAGUAUUUUCUGGUGCAAACCCAGCCUCCCAUGCAUCAGAGAUUAAGAAGCAAGUUGAAUCAGCUGAAGCUAAACUUAUCAUCACUGAUGCAUCAACCUACAAAAAGGUAAACGAUUUGGGGCUUUCAGUCAUAGUUGUAGGAGAGGAAGAGCACAUCGAGGGAACCAUGAAGUGGGAUGAAUUACUUGAAGCUGCAGAUCGUGCCAGCUCCGGAAGCAAUAACGAAACGGUGCAACAAUCUGACCUUUGCGCCCUUCCAUUCUCAUCUGGCACGACCGGAUUGUCAAAAGGUGUAAUGCUUACCCAUCGGAAUAUGGUCGCCAAUCUCUGCUCAUCAUUGUUCAGCGUGGGACCUGAAAUGAUUGGCCAGGUCACUAUACUCGGUCUAAUACCCUUUUACCAUAUUUACGGUCUCACCGGAAUUUGUUGUGCUACGAUCAGAAACAAGGGGAAAGUCGUGGUAAUGCCCAAGUAUGAACUUCGAGCUUUUAUGGACGCAUUGAUUACCCAUGAAGUCACGUUUGCACCCAUUGUGCCGCCAAUCAUUCUCGGGUUGGUGAAGAACCCUAUAGUCGAUGAAUUUGAUCUUACUAAACUCAAGCUUAGGUCCAUCAUGACGGCAGCAGCUCCCCUUGCCCCAGAAAUUCUCAACGAGUUUGAGAAGAAGUUCCCUGGUAUUGUGGUACAAGAGGCGUAUGGGAUGACAGAGCACAGCUGCAUAACAAUUAGCCACGGAGACCCAAGUAAAGGCCAUGGAAUUGCCAAGAGAAACUCUGUGGGAUUCAUCCUUCCAAAUUUGGAAGUGAAGUUUGUUGAUCCUGAGACGGGGAGAUCUUUACCCAAGAACACCCCCGGUGAGAUUUGUGUUCGAAGCCAAUGUGUGAUGAAAGGUUACUACAAGAAUGAACAUGAAACCGCCCUUACAAUUGACAAAGAUGGGUGGCUUCAUACCGGUGACGUUGGAUACAUUGAUGAUGAUGGGGAUGUAUUCGUGGUGGAUCGGAUAAAAGAAUUGAUCAAGUACAAAGGAUUCCAGGUUGCUCCUGCUGAAUUAGAGGGAGUCCUCCUCACUCAUCCAUCCGUUGAAGAUGCUGCUGUGGUGGGGCUGCCUGACAAGGAAGCUGGGGAAAUUCCUAGUGCGUGGGUGGUGAUAAGCCCAGGAGCAAAAGAAAAUGAAGAGGACAUUAUCAAGCAUGUCGCAGCUAACGUGGCACACUACAAGAAAGUGAGAAGACUGCAGUUCGUGGACGCGAUUCCUAAAUCUCCUUCAGGAAAGAUAAUGAGAAGGCUCAUCAAGGAGAAGAUGGCAGAAAUUUAAAUAAGAAGAUGCGAUGAUGCGUACACAUCCUCACGGACCUCACCAGUGGGCGUUUUGCUCAGAACCAACACGGGUUCUGUAGGAAUAAUCAAUUCCCUCUUAGUCUUCGGUAAUAUAUGGGCUGCUAUUCCAUUCUCACCUUUACUAUUUUUACUAUUAUGAUUGUAAUAAGCUAAUGCGAAAUUCACUUGGGUGCGUCCCAUGGAGAUAUUUUAAAUA